UCUUAACCCUCUCUCUCUCCUUCUUCUCCUCCUUCUUCUUCUUCCUUCUUCCUUCUUUCUUUUAACUCUCUCUACUUGUUGGUAAACAACUUAGGUUACCAAAAUGCUUCUCCAAAUUUCCCCCUCUCUUCAUUCCCAUCCAAUUCAAACACCAUUUUAUUCCUCCAUUUCACUUCCACUUCCUUAAUUUCCACUCCCGAUCUUCCUCAUUCCAAAUCCCAAUCCUCCCCCCCGUUCCCGCCGCCACCGCCGCCAUGAGAAUAUCCUCUUCUUCUUCCUCCUCCUCCUCCUCCUCUUCCUCCUGCGUCGGCUCCGAUUCCGGCAUUCAUAACAACAAUAAUCUCACUCCCGCCCCACAAUCGGAGAAAACCAGAGCCAAACGCCGGAGAAGGAAUCAAGACGAAACGAAAUGUCAGAUUCAUAAUCAUAACGCCAAUGAAACCAACAACCCCGCCGCUGCGGCCUCCGCCUCUGCCUCCGCCUCUUCCGCUCGCCGGAGCUCCAUUUACAGAGGAGUCACUAGGCACCGAUGGACCGGCCGGUUCGAAGCUCAUCUUUGGGACAAGAGUUCAUGGAAUAACAUUCAGAACAAAAAAGGAAGGCAAGUUUAUUUGGGAGCUUACGAUAACGAGGAGGCCGCUGCCCGAACAUAUGACCUUGCUGCCCUUAAGUACUGGGGACCCGGAACCACUCUCAAUUUCCCGGUAGAGUCGUACACGAAUGAAAUGGAAGCGAUGCGGAAAGUAACGAAGGAGGAAUAUUUGGCGUCGUUACGGCGGCGGAGCAGUGGUUUUUCGAGAGGUGUUUCUAAGUAUCGCGGAGUCGCCCGUCACCACCACAACGGUCGGUGGGAGGCUCGGAUUGGCCGUGUUUUUGGAAGCAAAUAUCUUUAUUUGGGAACUUACAACACACAAGAAGAAGCAGCAGCAGCAUAUGACAUGGCAGCAAUUGAAUACAGAGGAGCCAAUGCAGUGACCAACUUUGACAUUAGCAAUUACAUUGGAAGAUUAGAGAAUAAAUCAUCACUUCUUCAAGAAGAAGCAACACAACAAACAGAUGAUCCUAAUUACUCCCCUGUUUCUUCUGAAGGAGAAGUAGUACAACAACAACAACAGGAUCAGCAGCAGCAGCAACAACAACAACAAACGACAUUCUCGAGCCCUCCCGACCUCCACUUCUCUAUCGAGAACAACCCGGCAAUGGUCAUCAUGGACGAACCACCAACACAAGAUGACCACGAUCUGCACUGGUCAUUUUUAGACACGGGAUUAUUCGUGCAAGUCCCCGACCUCCCGCUCGAGAAAUCAAGCGAAUUGGCCGACCUGUACUUCGACGAGAUCGGGUUCGAGGACGAUAUUGGAAUGAUGUUCGAAGCAAGCUUAGAGAACAAUAACUGUGAGGCGAAUAACAAUAAUAAUAACAGUAGUAAUAGUAAUAAGAACAAUAACAAUAAUAAUAAUAAUGUUGGGAAGAUGGAGGUGAACUGCAGCGAGAAAAUCAGAUUGUUCUCAACAACUACUUCACCAUCUUCUUCAUCAAUAACCACCUCGGUUUCGUGUGAAUUUAGGGUUUGAAAAUUUUAGAUUUUGAGGGUUUGUUGUUUGUUUGUUUGUUGAAGAGUGGAUGAGAAAUGGGGGGAAAAAAUCUCAAAAUUUCUAGAAUAAUAUAUGUUUAGGGUUUUUUUUUUUUUUUUCCUAUUUGAAUUUAAAUAAUUUAGGGUUGGUUCAUGGGAGAGAGUGAAGGAAAGAGAGAAAAAAAUGAAAAAAGAAAAAGAUUUGGAGAUUUGCUUA